AUGACGGGAGUCAUCGAAAUGAUGUACAAGACUACCUUGCUUGGCGUAUUGGCCUCCUUUGCCCAUGCUAGCCCACUUUUCGGUUCUUCGUUCGGGGUCCCUGGAGUCAACGCAACCUACGAUUAUGUUGUGGUAGGUGGUGGAAUGGCUGGUCUAACCCUUGCUACAAGGUUAGUCCAGCAGUCUGCAGGUACAGUGGCCGUGAUUGAGGCGGGGUCCUUCUACGAGAUUAGCAAUGGGAAUCUCAGUCAAGUGCCAGCAUACACAGGGGCAUACUCCAGCAGAGAACUGAAUGACUGGCAUCCCUUGAUAGAUUGGGGAUAUAAGACGACACCACAGGCUGGCGCAUACAAUCUCUCGAUUCAUUAUGCCCGGGGAAAGACUCUGGGCGGGAGUUCCGCUCGAAAUUCAAUGGUUUACCAACGCGGGACGGUGGGAACACACGACCGAUGGGCUGAUAUGGUGGGGGAUGAUAGCUAUCGAUGGGACAAUUUCCUGCCGUAUUUCAAGAAGAGCGUGAAGUUCAGCGAGCCUAACAUGGAUCUGCGGUUUCCUAACUCCACGCCAGUUUUUGAUGCCACAGCAGCGGGCCGGGAUGGCCCACUCUCGGUUACAUACCCCAACUAUGCACAGGCAUUCACCACUUGGAGUAUCAAGGCUUUCGCAGAGGCCGGGAUCCCAGAAAUCCGGGGCUUCCUGAGUGGAGAAGUGAUUGGGCAUAUGUAUGGGACAUUCACUUUGAACGCCGACACGAUGACCCGGGAUUCUUCUGAAACGUCAUUCCUUCGAGAGGGGCUCAAAAACCCGAAACUCGUGGUUUACCCAAUGGCGAUGGCUAAGCGGAUACUGUUUGACAAAGAAAAGACAGCCUCUGGUGUGCUUGUUGAAGUUCAAGGUCUUAAAUAUGCGUUGUCGGCUCGAAAAGAAGUCAUUCUGUGCGCAGGAGCGUUUGGAUCGCCUCAACUCCUGAUGGUUUCUGGUAUUGGACCGGCGGACGUCUUGAAAUCUUUAGACAUCCCAAUAAUCGCUGACCGACCGGGGGUGGGGCAAGGAAUGCAGGACCAUGUUGUCUAUGACCUUGGAUACCAAGUAAACGUUGAGACUAUGUCCUCAUUAACAAACCCUGCUUUUGCGGCGAAGCAAGCUCUUUUGUUUACCAAGCGCGCUGCAGGUAUGCUAACCGGGUCAAACACCGAGGGCCUGGCGUUUGAGAAGAUCCCGCCGUCUCUCCGAGCAGGCUGGAGCAACGAAACACACGACAGGUUGAAAGCCUACCCGGACGACUGGCCGGAAGUGGAAUAUAUCACGGUGCCUCUACCAGCAGGAGAGGUGAAAGCCGAUGCAGGUGCCAACUACGCUGCCCUGGCUGUUGUCCUAGUUGCUCCCGAGUCUCGAGGAACGGUGACAAUAUCUUCCACCGACACCAACGUGGCCCCAGUAAUCGAUCCGAACUAUUUUGCUGAACCCUCCGACGUGGACAUUUUGGUUGCUGGCUUCAAGCGUGUUCGGCAAUUCUUCGACACAAAGGCAAUGAGAACCAUCGUCAUUGGCGACGAACAAAUUCCCGGGAAACAGGUAUCGACAGACGCACAAAUCGCAAAGUUCAUUAAGCAGAGUUUUAAUACCAUCUGGCAUGCGUCGUGUACCUGCUCCAUGGGCAAAGUGACUGACCCGAUGGCCGUAGUAGACGCACAGGGCCGGGUGAUCGGCGUCCAUGGGUUGCGUGUGGCGGACAGCUCGUCGUUCCCUUUGCUCCCACCGGGGCAUCCUAUGUCAACCGUCUAUGCACUUGCUGAGAAAAUUGCUUGUGAUAUCUCCGGUAAUUGCUAA